AUGAUCGAGACGGGUUCAGGCGAGAAGCGUAUCGAGCUCGACGAGACGGCGACCACGAUCGAGCAGUUCCUCGAUCUCGUGACGACAGGCUCGACAAUAUUUGUCGUCACGAAAGGCGCUUCCCCGAACUACGCCCAAGCUGUGCGUCUCGUCAGCUUCCUCCGCAAGUUUGAAUGCCAGCCUGCCAUCGGGUAUCUGAACCAGUUCGUGAAGGCGCCCUCCAAGUCACAAGACGUCAAUUUUCUGCGCCUGCUGACUGCAAUGCACAUGGGCGUGCCCGAGACGUGUGCGGAGCUAAUCGACAACGAACCCGCGCUCUUUCAGUGGCUCGAUCCAGCGACUCGCAAAUACACACUCCCUAAGCAACUCCCGUACGAUGUUUUCCAGCACAUCCCCCAGAGGUACCUCUGGGCGCUGAUGGUGGCUGGCAUUCACGACGAAAGCCUUGUGCAGGUCUACGUCAAGUCUGUGCAUCCGAUGACAGUGACUCAGAGGUCUGACUCGCACUCAGCAACGUCGAGAAAGCUACAUAAUGGAAGAGAAGCAUCUCCUGUUGCCCUCGUGCCAACCACAUCCAGAAUUACCAUUCCGCCUCUCUCUGCAGGGAGCAUCAUGUCCGAGACUACCGAGCCCACCGCGCACGAGAAGUGGACGGAAGGCGACUUCGAGCUCAUAUCCUCUGACAACGUCCUGUUCAAGGUGCCGACGUACCAACUUCAAGCUGCCUCCUCCGGCUCCGGGGAGCAGCGCAUCGUACUGGAUGAGAAGAGCGGAACGAUCAAUUUGUUCUUGCAACUCGUGAUUGACGGCGCGACAUCGUUCCUAUCUUACACUCUUGGCAAACCCAACUACCAGCCCGCCGUCGACAUCGUCUACUUUCUGCGAAAAUACGAAUGUCAAGCGGUCCUCGAGCAGAUCAAGGUUCUAACAAUGCUGCCGCCUGUCUUUUUCAAGCCUGAAAACAUUGCCCGCCUGCUCAUCGCCAUGCACCUCGAUCUGCCUGAAGUAGUAGCUAUGAUGAUCGAGAGGAACCCGACAGUUUUCAAGUGGCUCCUCCCUUCCAACAGCGCCUCUGAACGUUCUGAGUUUGUCGAUUACGCAGCCUUCAAGUACGUGCCGCGCCAAUACGUGUGGGCGUUGAUAUCUGCAGACAUCUCCAAACCCGGUAUUAUGACUAUCGUUCGGUCUGGCAAUGUGAAGGAUGUGCCUCGCAGGGAGCGCUUCUUGCGCUUCUUGACCGAAGCGAAGGAAGCAGGAUAA